AUGGCGACGACCGCGCGUCUCGCUCACGCGGGCUCGUUCCAUCGCGCGAACCCCGCGUCGCAUAGCCGCCGAUCGACGCGCGAUCGCGACAUCGCGACGCGCGCGGCGGACGCGGACGCGUCCACGACGGAGAACGCGCGCGGCGCGACCGCGGACGAUUCCGGCGCUUCUCGGAGGCGGACGCCUCUGGAGCGCGUCGCGAACGAUCCGCUGACCGCGUUCGUCAUGGCCCCGCGCGUCGCGCUCGGUGGUGCCACCGAGGCGCUCGAUCUCCUGCAGAGCGGCGAGCUCUUCGGCGUCGCGGCGCGGUUCCCCGCGGAGUUGAACACGCUGAUGCAAGAUCCUCGUCCGCCCCAGGACAAAGCCGCGGAGCUCCUCCGCCGAGCGGAGGAGAUUACGGAGAUGCUCGAAGAGCGAGGCAUCGUCGCGGAAGCCCCCGGACGCGAGCUUUUGAAGCCCAUGGUUCCCGUGGAGCUCUUCGACAGGUACUUGGACCCCGAAGUCGUGCGCGCGUCGACGUCGAGCCCGACGGAGACGGAGACGGAGACGGCGGCGGCGGCGGGAACGACGGCGACGACGUACGCGGCGGAGCCCCCGACGGCGGAGACGUUGACCGACACUGCGGCGCCGCCUGCGAAAGACGACGCCGCCGGCGGCGACGCGAACGUCGAUUCCAUCGAGGACGCGUACGCGUUCAUGAGAGACCAGCGGAAAGUGGGUGACGUCGAGGACGAGGACGACCCCGCGGUGUUGGCCGCCGCCGCCGACGUCGCCGCGGCGCUGAAGCGCGAGGCGGGGGCGGGGAAGAUGCCGAAUGAGAAUGUCGCGUCAGAAGAGGUUGGCGAAGCUGCCGUGCCUCCGCCGACGCCGAGUCCUCCUCCUCCGCCGCCGACGCCUACGACGACCGCGCCCUUCGACGUGCCUCAGGAGCUGGACGUGUGGGGCAUCGUUAAGUCCGCGGAGGAACUCACCGCGGACAUCGUGAUGUCUCAGAGUAAGGCGACGGCGACCGCGACGAAGCGGUAG